AUGACUCGUUUUGUCUUGGUGAUCAUCCUGGGACUAACGUCCGGUCAGGUUUUUGCGGGCCGCCUUCAGAGGGGUUGGGGAUUUCGGCCAGUUUAUGACAUGGGGCACGACGCUGCUAUCAUUAUCGGCAAUGGCGAAGAUCGAACGGACCGAGACAUUCCGAAAAACGAGGAUGACUUAAUUGAUUUAAUGAAGGACGAGAGCGACUAUGAAACUCUUCGGAAUGGCGGCAAACUCAAGCCACUAGUAGACGAAAAUGACGAGGAAAUCGGUGAAAGACUACCUCAAGUUUGCACUCUUGGUCACCACCCUGGAUUCGGAACUGCAAGUCUUAAGCGUUUCUACUAUAGCGAAAAAGACAAAAACUGCCUUCCUUUUGAGUAUCAUGGAACUGGUGGCAACCAGAACCGUUUUAUGACCUAUGAGGAAUGCAUGAAUAUUUGUCACAUGGAUCUGCCAUAA